UAUGCGGUGCAAGUCGGGGGGGUAGUUGGCCCUGUCGUAGUUGUCGUCAUAAGGUUCCCAGUUACGGCCAGUCUCAAAACAUAAGUUCCUGUCUAUUGUCAGUCGAGGAACAGCAGCAGAAGAACCACGGCAACAUCAGCGGAAAAGGACAGAGAAACUAAGCAACUUAUCAUGGUGCAGAUUUCCCAGACAGAGGAAGACAUCAAGAUCUCCAUCGAACUGAAUCGACUGGUGACCCGCAAGCCGGACGUUGUUCUUCUCCCACAAUAUUUAAAGUUCAACAAUCCACCCAUUUUCUUUGAGCGCCACCUGGCUCAGGAGAUUGACGAAAUGGCCAGCUUCUGCCGCAUCUUCAAGAACGAGGCCCGCAUUGUGCUGGUGAAGAAGGAGAAGGGCUUCUGGCCUGAGAUGUUCCAGAAGCUGGACAAAGAGGCACUCAUGCAGAAACGCCUGGAAAUCGCCGAUCUAAUUGUGGAGCGGAACAAAAAGCGGGACGAGAAGGCUUUGGAGCGUUACGACAUCAAGCGGCGAGCGGAAAUCGAAAAGGAGAUCAAGCGGGAGACCGCCAUGCGAGAGCGUGUCAAACAGUUCCAGGAGAAUUCAGUGCGCGAGGCCCUGGUGGUGGAUGUCCGCAAGGAAGCGAAUGACCCCAAGCCUGAUACGUUACAGUAUCCGCCAUCGUCGAUGGCAAACAAUCGUCUGACGACCCCUCUCUUGCGCCCGCCCAUGUGUUCUGUCCGUGGUAGCGGACGUAUCACUGUGAGCUUUACUAACCAGCACAAGCGCACUACUCCGAAACGGGAAUCACAGUCCACUAUGGAGAAGGCUUAUGCCGCCGCAGGAGGACCUAAUGCGAAUGUGCAAUCUCCUAUGGACAGCGUGGAUGAGUGAGGCGAUGUGCCCUUAACAACCGUACAUUAUUUCACUUCCAUAUGUGCGUGUUUGCGUGAGACUGCUAAGUGUUUCCUAUUUUCUUUAUCCAUGAAAUAAAUCUACAGGUGUUUGGUUUAAUUAAGU